GGCAACAUGCGUGAGCAGUACCGCCACGCCGAGCAGGAGAACCUUCCUCCAGUCCCCUCCCUUCCUCUCGAGCACGCUCGCGACAAUGCUCGCACCCGUCUCGCAUCGCAGGCAGCGGCCCCAGCGUCGCGGCCCAUGUCACCAGCUGCCCCGCCCGCGGCUCUCUCUCCGCCGCUUGCAUUGUCACCGGACCAGUCCGCUUCGUAUCUUUCCUCCCCCAGCUUCAACGGCAGUGGCGCGCUUGUCCGUGCACACUCGCAUCGCAGUGACACCGGCGAUGACUCGAUACUCGCGCAGCUCGAUGAGAAAUACCCCUCAUACCGCGCCCUUUCACCCAGGUCCAACAUGCUUGGCGUGGAUGACAUGGAGAACGACCCUUUCGCCUCUGCUAUUGACUACUCGCAGCCCCAGCGCCAGCGUCGCCCUUCCCGCUCACCGCUGCCGCAAGAAUUCUGCGUCCUCCCCUCUCCUCCACCACUACUCGAGGAGCUGGCAGGGCCGCGGCACUCGCCCAGCUUGACCAACCUCAAGCAGUCUCUUGUACCUCGGCUCCGCAAAAGCAAGAGCAUGGGGAUUACGCGACGGCCCUCGAGUAUACUCAGCGCGUUUCGCACAGGUGGCGAGAAUGGGCGCGUGUCGCGGGGUGCCUCGCCCAUCCCCUCCCCGGCUAUGCGGCCUUCGCCUCCUGACCGCGUCCCAGCCCUUGACGAGUUGGUGGCAGUAGCUAUGCGCCAGUCGCCGCUCGAGCCCCCCCGGCCCCUGUUCUAUGACAGUUUCGACCUCGGCGAUGACGGCAAUGAGAAAGAUGAGCCGCAGCUGUUGCUUGAACCACUUGAGCCACAGGAGUGGAUGGAUGCGGGGGACCAGCCGUCGACAACCCAAGUUUCGCGGUCGGGCUCUCCCCAUGUGCACAGUAUGCCAACGUCACAGGCACCAGACCUGUCGAUCGACGUCACGGGCGGCGCGGCAUCAGUCUCUGGUUCAUCCAUCGAGCUCAUCACUCCUCAAGUCUCGCACCCAGGUGGCUGUGGACGAUUCUCUCCCUCCCAGUCCUCCAGCGAGGCUCUCGAGCACAGUCGAGCAUUCGACACGGAUGCUCUCUCGACGCCGACUGCAGGGGUCCAGGAAAAUUGGGGAGGACAAUGCCACUCGCGAACGCAAAGCGAGGAAGCCUUGGCACGGGCGCUUGCCGCGCACAGUCGGAAUGAGAACCUGACUCGGGAUGAUCGGUCCGAGACGUGUCCCUCAACGUUUGGAACUCAGUCUUGGGAGGCUGCAAUUGCCGCAUUCCCCACCAUCGACGACCACGUCAACAACCACCCGUUCCACAUCUACAGCGGCCCCGGCGAGCGCGAGAGCCUUGCUUCCAACGCUGCAGUCGCACCCACCGACUCGUGUACCCACAGCUUCGCUUCUCACACUCCCCUCUCCCGUUCAAACGACCACGCGGAAUCCUCCGGUAACGACCCGGCUGCCGACACCAACAGCGUUAUGUGGUCGUCCUGGCGCGACGUGCCCCACCGCCGUGCAUCAGGACAGAGCGAAUCGUCCCGCGGUAGCAGUCACGGCAGACGUGCGCGCACAGCGGAGAGCACUUGGGAUGACUCAGACUCGGACACAAGCGAGAGCGAAGACGAGGACGUCCCCUUGGGCAGCCUGCACCCCGGUGCCGCGGCCGCGCAGCAGCAGCGCCUAGCUGACCAGAAGAAGCGCCGCGAGGCUCGCCGCGCACAGCGCGCUCUGCGCGAAGCCAAGAAGGAAGGCGAGCUGCGCCGUGCCGCGACUUCCGCUACCACCAAGUCGCGUCGUCAAUGGAACGGUGAAGGUGUGCAUCCGGACGCGUUAGUCGGGCAGCUCGAGAGAGUCGCGAUCGGCAAAGCGCCACCCAUCCCUUCGCGCGCUUUGCGUCCCCCGCCGUCCGAGCGCAGCGACCGCAGUAACUCAAACACGCCGUCGUUAUCGCGUUCGACGACCGUGGGUCGGAGCACAAGCGGUCACAGCGCCCGUAGCGGUGCAAGUGGGCACCGCAUCCCAUCCGAUGGCGACCGUUCGGCGGCACUUAGCCGUGCCACAUCCAUCAACUCAUCCGCAACGCGCAAGCGCUCGCAAUCCAAUGCGGGGCGCAUGCCAAUGCCGUCUGCACCAACAGAGCCGACACCCGUGCGUCGUGCCACCGCCGUGCGCUGCCUCGUCACGCACGGCACGGACGUCCGGCCAAUCAACCUGGACGCGUAUCCCGAGACAACGGCGCGGGACGUCCUUGCCGGCGCGCGUGCGCGUGGCGACAUUUCCGACGGGAGCUGGGUCGUCUUUGAAAGCUUUGCUGAGCUCGGCCUAGAACGCCAGGUCCGCGAGCACGAGCUUAUUCUCUCCGGCGUGACCAAGGGUUGGGACGCCACUGCGUCAAAUGCGCUCGUCAUCCGUGAGAUGCCGGCGCACAACGUGUGGAGCCGCAACAUCCCCGACACGCCGCCGAUGGUGAGCGGUUGGGUGCAGCUCGAGACCAAGCCGGGCAAGUGGGCCAAGAAGUGGCUCGACGUGCGCGGCGGCCAGGUGUUUCUCAGCAAGAACGAGAAGGGCAAAGAUGAGGUGCAUAUCAACACCCUCUUCUCGGACGUGUACACUGUGCGCAAGAGCCGCCAGGCGCCAAUGCCAUACACGUUCGCGCUCAAGAGACUGGACGCAGCGGCCUCGUUCCAGGAGCCGAGCGAGUACAUCUCCUUCUUGGCUGCCGAUGACGCCACGGGCUGGAAGCUGCACAGCGCCAUCUUCGCGAGCCGCUCCUUUGCAAUGGCGCAGGCCGACCCCGGCGUGCGCGCACGCCUCAACCCGUCAGCACACUCCCAUUCGCAUCCCCACACACCGCCUGCCCCUGCCAUCCCCAUGGGCCCGAGCCUGGCCAAGCACACCGGCCUUCAUCGCUCUCCUACCGGUCACACCACUCACGGCGCCCACAGCUCGCGGCCUCGCCCCCGCCUGUCGGCCGGACAUGGUCCCACGGGUGGCCAGCCCUUGGUCGACCUCAAGGCUGAACAGUUGGCCGGUUUCACCGGUCAUGGACUUCUGCGUAGCAACCACCAACUGUAAUAUUGUGCUUGUACCAUAUGUAUAUCAGUCAGAAGAUGUGAACACUGCUACUGCACUCGUGUGUGAAGGAGCG